AUGACCACGCGAGAGGCAAGCCAUGCGGGAUCCUGGUACGAGGACGAUCCGAGUGUCUUAUCCUCGCAGCUCGACGAAUUCCUUGGGCGUGUGCCAGCUUCGUUGAAUGACAGCGCGCUCCCGAUUCCUGGAGCCAGGGUCAUUAUUGCUCCCCAUGCCGGGUACUCCUACUCUGGGCCUUGUGCGGCCUGGGCGUACAAAACCCUCGAUCUCAGCAAUGCGAAACGGGUCUUUAUCCUCGGGCCAUCGCAUACGUAUUACUUGCGUGGAUGUGCCCUUACAACUUUUGACAAGUAUGAGACCCCCUUUGGGGAUUUAAUUGUGGACAAAGCCACAACGGCCGAGCUGAAGCGGACUGGUCGCUUCAGCGACAUGCCUGCUCGCCGGGACGUUGACGAGCAUUCUCUCGAGAUGCACAUCCCCUACCUGUGGAAGAGGCUAGAGCAGACGUUUGGAACUGACAGCGCUAAAUACCCGCCCAUCAUCCCUAUACUCGUUGGCGAUGGCACCGAGGAGCAGGAACAAGCAUACGGUCAACUUCUGGCGCAAUACUUGAAGGACCCCACAACUGCUUGGAUCAUUUCUUCCGACUUUUGCCACUGGGGUUCACGAUUUUCGUACCGCCCAGUUUUUGAUAAUGGCAAAAUUAGAAAUCUCGACGCAGAUCGAAAAGACAAACAUCUGGAGCUUCGACCAGGCUGGGAGCAGCUGGUUGACAAUCCAGAUAACAUGAAGAUCCAUGAGGUCAUUGAGAUGCUGGAUAAGAUGGCUAUGAAUGCCGUUGAAUCGGGUGCACACCACAAGUUUUAUCAUGUCAUCCAGCAGACUCAAAACACUGUUUGUGGAAGACAUCCCAUUGGGGUGAUCAUGGCCGCGUUAGAGGUAUUGACAAAGGACCAGAGACCCGAGGAUGGAAGAGGCAAGUUAAAGUUUGUGCAAUACCAGCGGAGCAACUUGGUCGAAAAAGUUUGGGACUUCAGUGUAAGCUACGCGUCGGCCUAUGCCAUCGUUUAA